AUGGAGAUGCGGUCAAUCGCCAUGAAGCUAGCGGUGUUGUUAGCGUCAUUUGUUCCGUUGGGUUUGAUAGCAGACAAACAUGGAGCUAAAAAUGAAGAUGCUUUUGGGUUCACAAAUGGCACCGUUAAGAUGAAAUAUAACAACGAACCGUACUUCUACAAUGUUUUGAAGCGGAAUUAUACUGCUGCAGUUGGACAGCCUGCUUAUCUGCACUGCAUAGUGAAGAACCUUGGCGAUCGUGAGGUGUCCUGGAUCCGUAAGAGGGACCUCCACAUACUGUCCGUGGGCGUGCACACGUACAGUAGCGACGCGCGCUUCGCGGCAAUACACGCGGACGGCUCCGAGGAGUGGACCCUCCGCGUUGCGAACGUGCAACAGCGGGACUCCGGCGCCUACGAGUGUCAAGUCUCUACGGAGCCGAAGAUAAGCCUGUCGUUCACCCUAAACGUAGUAGUAUCAAAAGCGGAAAUUCUAACAGGGUCCGAAGUGCUAGUACGUGCGGGCUCCGAUAUUAAUUUAACCUGCAAAGUGACACACGCCGUCGACCCACCCAGUUUCAUCUACUGGUAUCGAGGCGACAACAUGAUAAGCUACGCUCUCCGUGGCGGGAUUAGCGUGGAAACGGAGCAACUGACGAAGACAAGUCGCUUGCUGAUAGCGCGCGCCACAACAAAGGACUCUGGAAACUACACUUGCGCACCUAGCAACUCUGACACGGCUUCGAUAUUAGUUCACGUAGUAAAUGGCGAGCGCCCGGAAGCGAUGCAAAGCGAUGCCCGGAAGGCAAAAAAAGACAAGAAGACUACUAGCGGUCCGGACAGACCUUGUCCUGUACCCGACAACAUA